CAUGCGCAGAAAAGUGGAGGGGAUUUCUGGCAUCCCUGGUGCCAAUACAUACUACGUGGUUAAGUUAGGAUAGGUUAUUUGUGUAAAAUAAUUUCUUUAAUAUACUAUGUCAUUUUUUAUACGAAAUAAUCAGAGUACUGGAGGAAAUAAGAGAAAGUUGAAUGGCCAUGUUGGCACGUCAAAAGGAAGAAAGAGAAGUGACAAGAAAUCUGUAGCUGAUGACAAUGAAAGUAUUGCUAGUACAGAUGAAGAACUCGCAGAAGAAAAUCAGGGAAGAUCUCAAGAAUACGAGAGCGAGGAAGAAACUGAAACUGCACAAGAAAAACGUAUAAGGCUUGCAAAAAAAUAUCUUCAGCAAAUCGAGGAGGAAGAAAAAGACAGAGCAGAAUUCGAAGAAGGAGCAAUAUCAAAAAGGUUACGCGAAGAAUAUUUAGAAGAAAAAGGACGAUUACGAAAAUCUGUUGCGUCAAACUACAUUGGCCAUGGUGAACCAAUUAUCUUGAGAUGUAAAGAACACAAGGAUUCUGUUAGCUGUUUAUGUCUUUCCAGCAAUGGAAAGUUCUUAUACUCUGGCUCAAAAGAUGGCAGCUUAGUAAAAUGGUCGCUAAAGGAAAGAAGCAAAUUAAAAGCCAUUAAAGGAAAAAGAAAAAUUCAGCAAGGAAUGAAAUGCAUACAGUGCUUAGCUAUUAGUACCGACAGUAAAUUUUUGGUAGUAGGAGAUAGUGGUAGUAAAGAUAUUAGGGUACUUUGCGCAGAUACCUUAAAUCAUAUAAAGAGUUUAAAAGGCCAUAGAGGUAGCGUGACUGGACUAGUUUUUCGUAAAGACACGCAUAUGCUGUAUUCUGCUUCUGAGGAUAGAAGCGUAAAAGUAUGGAAUUUAGACGAAAUGGCAUAUGUUGAAUCUUUAUUCGGACAUCAAAGUGGUAUCACAUCUAUUGAUGCGCUAGCACGAGAACGUGCUGUCACCAGCGGUGGUUUCGAUGGAUCUAUUCGAAUUUGGAAAAUAUUAGAAGAAUCACAACUCAUAUUCAAUGGACACGGUGGCAGCAUAGACAUUGUAAAGCUUAUAAACGAAGAAAACUUUCUCAGCUGCGGAGAUGAUGGACAAUUAUGUGUUUGGGGUUGUUUAAAGAAAAAGCCUUUGUGCUCGAUACCAGAUGCACAUGGAAGAGACGAAGCUAACAAUCAACCAAUGUGGAUUUCGAGUAUAGCUACGUUUCUCAAUACAGAUCUAGUCGCAUCAGGAUCCCGAAAUGGCAUUAUCAGACUAUGGCAUUGCAGCGACUCCUUUAGGUCAUUGAAUUCACUAUUUGAAGUUCAAUUGACUGGCUUCAUAAAUGCACUAUUUUUCACUCCAGAUGGAACUGAGUUGAUUGCUGGAGUUGGCCAAGAGCACAGACUUGGAAGAUGGUGGCGUAUACCGGAAGCGAAAAAUGGCAUUGUUAUAAUACCACUAAUUCAAACGAAAAAUAAAUAGUUUAUACAAGAGAAAACAGAAUCCCUAAAUUGUACAUUGAUGUUAAAUCGUUAUGCAGAGCCUAUAUAAUUUUUGAUACAUUUAAUAUAGACUAAUUUUGAUAUGUAUAGAAAAGUAUUAUGUACUCUUUGUUUUAUUUUUACGUUUACUGUCUCUUGUUAACACGUUGGUUACUUCCCAUUCAGAACACGUGGUUCGUCAUGCGUCCCACGUAAUCACGAUUAAUAGUUUUGCUCUUAAUGUAUAAUACGUAUAACGUAUAAUAUAAUAGUGCAAAAACUA